AUCUUUUGUGAAAGCUAAUGAAACACUACCUUUUUCCAAUUUUAGCAUAAAAAGGAAUGUGAUGUUAAUUAGGGCAUAUUUUUUAAUUCUUUGAAAGAGGCCAGAUCCUCCUAAUGGUGUCCCCAAACUUUGUUUUUGACUUUCUGCCUUUGAAAGUCAUGUGGAAACAUAUAGGUGGGUCACCUGAUGCAGAAGUAAGGGUGUAUGUACGUUCAUGUUGACUUAACAAUUCCACUAUUAGACAUUAAUGUCCUUCUUUUGAAGCCUAGAGUUUGGAAAAGUUACUUUUUUUUUAACUACAACUCCCAUCAGCCCAAUCCAGUGGCCAUGCUGGCUGGGGCUGAUGGGAGUUGUAGUUUUAAAAAGUAACUUUUCCAGGCUCUGUAAUCUGGCAUCUUUGUGCUUUGCAGAGCCUGUAAACUUGGCCAUUCCAUCAUUGGCUCAUAUAGUACCCGUUCUGCAGAAUUGUCUAAUGAUAGUUAAUUGUCCCAGCUGACUAAUUGCUGACUAAUUUAAAAGCAAUUCAGUCAGUAGUUACAAUUGACCCAAUUAUGGAUUCAGCCAACAGGAUUGAUAAUCCAGUGAACCGUGUUAACACAUCCCCAGAAGAAAUGCACAAACUUUUUUAGAUUUCGAAAGCUUUAUUUAUCAAAUAAUAAGCUAAAAUAAAACAGGAAAAAACAAAGUCAGGUGUGAGUUUGCAUAUAACAUUAGUCAUAUCCCUUUGCACAAACUUAAUUAUUCAUUGGAUAAGUUUCCAAGUGAGUAAGUUUUCAUAUUAAAAAAAGGUUUAGCCAUACAUCAUAGAUAAAUCUUCCAAGAGCAACUCAAUAGUUUAUACUUGGGUGUGGUCAGUAGCAGACAGCGUGGUAGGGACCUCCAUCUGGCUGAGAGGGGUUUAAUAGUCAGUCCCUCUUCCCAGAGAAUUCUGGGAAUUGUAGCUCUGUGAGGGGAAUAGGGUGUCCUAACAAAUCUCAGCACCCUUAACAAGCUACCGUUCCUAGGAUUCUUUGGGAAAGCCAUGACUGUUUGAAGUCCUCUUCUCCCAGGCAUUUUAGCACGUGUUUUUAAAUUGGUCUUUUUAAAAAGUGUUUUUAAAUUUGUACAUUUGUAUAUUUGUUUUUAAUGUUUUUUAAUUGUUGUAAACUGCCCAGAGAGCUUCGGCUAUGGGGCGGCAUACAAAUGUAAUAAAUAAAUAAAUAAUAACAAUAAUAACUGUAUAGUAGUGGAAUAAAUGUUUGGUGUGAAUGUGGCCUUAGUCUAAUGCUAAGUCUUCCUAACAUUGUUAUUGAACAAGUUAUGUAUUAAAGCUCAUUCAUGGUAGAUAAACUAAUUUUAUAACAAUUUCUGACCAUUUUUUAAAAAAAUGACAAGCCUGCUUGAUAGGAUUAAUUAGAUGCUGAUACCAGGGUUAUAAAAUGCUUCAGGUUUUAGUGUCUCACCUGUAGUUUCACUGCUAGAGCAGCCUCUCUCCCAAACUGGGAAGUAACAGGCUUAAGCAGUAGUGGACUGAGGUUCGGUUCCAUAGUGUCAGUUCAGGAGAUCAGCUAGUCUCGUGGUUGCCUCUCUGCCUGAGGUUAGUCAUUUCCAGCAUGAAACUUGUGGGGUGGGGUGCAGUGGAUAUAGAAUUGGCCCCAUAUAGCCAGGAAACAUAGAUGGGGGAGUUUUCUGCCCCAUUCCCUUUCCCCUGCUCGUCUUCUCCCUACCCCAUAACCUUGCUUGCCUGCAAAAAAAGAACUUUUCCUUGGGAGGUGGAAAAUGGAAGUGUGUUGGCCUGCUCAGUUGCAGCACUCAUUGGCAACAACUAGGUCACCGUACCAGUGAGAUGCAGAGAAAGAACAUGACUGUGCACCACUCCAGUUCUGAAAGGUUGGGGGCGGGGCUCAUAUUCCUGCCCUCCCUCCUAGUGCCAAGCUUAAAGUUCAAAGUAGCAGGACAUUUUCUUUUGACCAUGUGCUGCAUUUCAGAAAAGUUGUGUGAGGCCAGACAUAAGAUUCUGCCCCUCAGGGAAGUGGGGUCCUGGCAACAACAAAUUUAUAGUUGCCUGAUAAGGCCAGCCAAAAUCUAUUGGCUCCUGCUAAAGCCAGGUUUGCUGUUGAAUCCUUUGUUUCAGACCAUAUACACAUCUUAAAAGUUGGUUCCAUUUACACCAAAUGCUUUGGACAUCUUUUGGGUACCUUCCAAAUAUGCACUAAUAUUAGUUUUGCAGAAAGUUAGCCAUUUUUGUUGUAGGGUGUAGAUAACUAAAGAUGUCUCCAACUGUUAUCUUGGUAUACUAGUUAAGGUGCUUUUUAUCUUGAAGGCUGUGACCCUUCGUUUCAAUUCUUUUUUGUUUUUAAAGCUGCUAAUCUUCUGAAAGAAGACUCCUUGUCUUUGCUGCAACAGAUGAACAUGGCUACUUUACCACUGUCAGUUCUCUCUCUUUGUUUCCCUUGCAUGUGUUGACUGCAUGUCCUGUGUAGCAAAUGUUGUGCCGUCCGGAUGUGGUUGGAUUCCCAACUCCCAUCAGCCCCAACCAGCAUAGCCGAUGGUCAGGAUCGAUGGGAGUCAUAGUCUAGCAUUGUCUGGAAGGCAGCAUCUUGGCUGCCUCUGUUGAAUAUGGCGGUCCCUUGCAAGCUUUGUCAAAGAGUGAUGUCCUUCAGUCUGCUUAAAUCACUUUUAAGAUACACUUUGGAUAAACAAGAGCUGCAGCGGGUGAGGAUCAUAGCCAGCGAUAACCUCUGGGAGCCCAUUUCCUUUCUCAUGCGGCUUGACUCUGAGCUCCAUGAAGUGGUCGAUAUUAUUGGGGCUCACUAUCCAGGGACAGAAACAGUGCUUGGUGCCUUGUUAACCCACAAGAAACUCUGGUCUUCAGAAGACUACAGCACUUUCAACUCUGAAGUGGGUGCAGGUUGCUGGGCUCGAAUUCUGAACCAGAAUUUCGUGAAUGGGAACAUGACAGCCACUAUUGCUUGGAAUUUGGUGGCUAGUUAUUACGAAGACUUACCUUUUGGCCGGUGUGGUUUAAUGACAGCUCAGGAACCAUGGAGUGGACACUACACUGUGAAUUCUCCCAUAUGGAUAACAGCACAUACAACCCAGUUCACACAACCAGGCUGGCACUACCUGCAAGUAGAUGGGCAUCUGGAAGCAGGUGGCAGCUAUGUGGCUCUCACUGAUGGGCAAGGAAAUCUUACUAUUAUCAUUGAAACCAUGACUCAUGGCCACUCUGAGUGCAUCAGGCCACCGCUAAGUCCCUUCUCUGUGUCACCCCAGAAAGCAACUUUCCACCUCAAAGGGUCGUUUAGCAAGCUGAAAGAACUUCAGAUGUGGUAUUCUAAGCUUGAAUUUACAUCUCCCAACUCCACAUUGUUCCAGUUUCUUGGACCUAAAAAAGUUUACGAAGGGGUGUUGACACUAAAUCUGGGUCUGGAUGAGGUCUAUACUUUGACAACCCUGAGAACAGGCCAAAAGAAGCCUUUCCCAGAUCCUCCUCCAUCCCAGCCUUUUCCUUCCGUUUACAAGGACAAUUUUGAUAUCCGCAACCCACCUUUUAGUGAGGCACCAUACUUUACCGAUCAAACCGGGGUGUUUGAGUACUAUGUGAAUACAUCCGAUCCAGGGGAGCAUGUCUUUACCCUCCGACAGGUGGUGACUCAGAGACCUGUAACCUGGGUUGCUGAUGCAGAGAACGCUAUCAGCGUUAUUGGCAGCUAUAAAUGGGUAAACCUAACAAUAACCUGCGACAUUUAUAUAGAAUCAAAUAAUGGAGGUGCAUUUGUUGCAGGAAGAGUGAACAAAGGUGGGAUAUAUAUUAGAGGUGCCAAAGGUGUUUUCUUCUGGGUAUUUCCUGAUGGUACAUACCGAGUCACAGGUGAUCUCCUUGGUAAAGAUGUGCUGAUGAAAGGGCUGUCUGGUGUGCGGGCGAAAACGUGGCAUACCCUCACUCUGAUUCUAACGGGCUCCAGUGCCUCUGGCAUGUUAAAUGGCUAUCCUCUCUGGGAGAACGUCACCACAUCUGAUCCUGGAAAUGGAUGGGCAGCUAUUGGGACGCACACUUUUGAAUUUAUACAAUUUGACAACUUUCAUAUUCAGGCCAGCUGAGACAAGUCAGUUCUUGACUCCUUUGAACUAGAGCCAGUUUUAAACUUGAUUUUGUUUGUUUUGUAAAUGACGUUGGCAGGGAAUUUUUGUUUCAUUUGCCUAUAGCUUUUAUUAAUGAAUUCAGCUUUCUUGUAAAGUGUCAGUGUGUUUGUCCUCCUAACUAGGAUUUUAUUUCCUGGCAGAAAGCAUUCCUUCCAGAAACUCUUCCUCUGUUUUUUAUUUUACAAACUGUAAAUGGAACUGGAAGGCACUCCUUGUAAUUUAAUUGGUGGGGACUUUAACCUUUUAGCAUUAUUUUAAUAAAUGUGCCACAGAGACCUCAGAAAACUGCUGUUUUCAACACUUUCAGAAGCUAUGAAGUCCAUUCCUUUCACUAAGAUUCAUCUUAGAAUCAGAUAACAUGCCUGGUGUGUCUGACUAUUAUGGAGCACUGUAAUUUAAAAGAUAUCUUGCCUCUCUUGUCUUUUAUCCGAGGUGAUGGAAUAAAGGACUCAAUGGAUUUAAAUACCUUCUUCCAGGAAAUGAGAGGUUGCACUCCUAGACUUCUAAAGUCUUAAUUCUUCUGUUUUUAAUGUAAAACUGGCUGAUGGCUGGCUUACUUACGAAGUGCCUUAUUUAACUACCUCUGCUGCUAGCAGCAGUAUAGCAAACAUGCUGGUAGUGCCUGUCAUGGUUCUAAGGUUUGAUGGCCCUGCAACUUCUAUUGCCUCUUUAGCUUCUCUUUUAAGCUUAUCUGCUUCUCCAGGUAAACGGACGAGGAAAAUAAUCUCUAAAAGUGACACUGAUGAAGAAUCACGGAAACACAUUUUCCCCUAGAUUCCAAUUCACACACAGUCACUUUUAAGAAUAAUCAAGGUUAUUAUUAUUAUUUAUUAUUUAUUACAUUUAUACCCUGCCUUUCUUUUCAUGUUAGAAACCCAAGGUGGCUUACAUAGAGUUCCCAGGCGGUCUCCCAUCCAGGCACUGACCAGACCUGACCCUGCUUAGCUUCAGCAGGCUGCUGGCCUCAAGUGCCUUCAGACAUGUGCCUUCAGGUUGCCAGGUUUGCAGCUAGGCUUGGUUGACACCAUUUGUUUGAACCACAAUCUCCAUAUUGGUCAAGUUAUACGUUUACCCCAGAAGGAGGAAAUAGUUCAUACAAGCAGGAUCUCCAUACAAAACUGGUUUUGACUUCAGUGGUGGCCCCCUGCAUUCCCAGUGAAAUCCAAGGUGAACUGACCUGAAAGUACGGAAUGGUUGUAUUGGCUGCUGAUCUAUGGUGGACAAACUUCAGACUUGCAGGAUAUAAUAGACCAGCAACCUUUGGCCUUCCAGAUGUUGCUGAACUACAAUUCCCAUUAGCCCUAGCCAUCAUGGCCCAUGGCCAGGGAUUAUAGGAGUUGUAGUUCUGCAAUAUUUAGAGGGCCAGUGUUCCUCACACCUGUACUAGAACCAUGAGUUCCACCAACUUGAACAGUUGUGUGAAACCUUUGGUCCUCCAGAUGUUGCUGGGACUGAUGGGAAUUGUAAUUUUGCAACAUCUGGAAGCCAAAGGUUCCCUACACCAGAACUAGAGCUUGGCACAAGAUAAUGGAAGUGUUGGUGGAACCUAAUAAAUAGUGGCUCAAAAGACAGAGCCAAUUAGUCAUUGCGCAUGACUCUGGUAACCUGCAUCUGUGAGUCCAAAUCCAUAUCACAAAUAAAGGAUGCUAACACAAAACUCUAAAACCAGGCCAACACAGCUUCAGAAAGACUUGAUCAAUCAGUUAAUACUCACAUUUUACAGUUGGGAAGCACUGAAGCUGAAAGAUUAGCAAUUAGCACAAGAAAGGCAGGACAUUUUUUUUUUUAAAAAAGACAUUAGUUUUUCUUGCUGGUCUACUGCAGACCUCACCCAGCGAACUACUAGUAGAUCAUGAUCUACCUUCUUCAUGACCUUUACUCCAUUUAUCUGGGAGUAAGGCCCAUUGAAAUCGAUGGGACUUGCAUCUGGGUAGGCAUGGUUAGGAUUGUGCUGAAGGUUAAAAAUACUUAAGUUUGGCUAACCAGCUACCAUAUAGACAUCCACGUUUUGAGGUUCUGUCCCAUCUGUGAGUUUGGAUGUUUAUGGAGCAUCAAAAUCAAGCAGGCUCUUUUUAAAGGAAAAUAUAUUUUUCUGCUCCUCUUGACCCAUAGACCACAAAUAGUGUCUUGCAUAUUAAAGCCCUAUGUUUUAGCAAUAAAAUAAAGGGGAGCCCUUAUGAAGGUUAAGGUGUGUUAUCAAAAUAGGGUGCAUUAUGCUAGUACUGAUGAUGAUCAAACCUGCUCUUCAGACCACAUUUUUUUAAAAAAGAUUAGUUUAUAUAGCAUUUCCUCCCUGACAGCUUUGGUGAUAGGCACUGUGGACAUAAGGAUAUGACUGGCUGAUGCAUUUUUUCCAAAGAUUUUUCUUUCCUUUUUGCACUAGGGCAGAUGGUUCUAUUUUCGCAUUGUGUACUAAAUGAAGUAUAAUCAAGAGUUCAGUUUCUUGUUAAUUAAUGAAACAGUAGACUUAAAGUGGCUGGACUGUGAGUAUGCUCAACAGGUUAAUGUUUGCUGAAUGUUUGACUUUUUCCUGAUUCUUAACAAGCCUGCUUUGAUAUGUCAAUGAAAAGCUGAUGUACAUGACUGACUACCACAAACCCUAAUUGUUCAAACUGAAAAAUAAAUGCUGCUUU